CUCUCCGGAUUGUCAGCCAGUUAUUUGCGGGGAGGCGCUGUAGCCAUUUCGCCACAUGAGAGCGUGAUGCGCUGAGCGACCAACAUCCGAGUAGUUGGUGGAGAAGAGAAAUCAGCUUUGAGAAGCUCCGCGCCGGAGCGCACGCACGCACGCACACACCCGCGGCAACUCGCGCGUGAUUACGCACGGCGCACAGACACGCACACACUUCCUCCGCGGAAAAAAAAAAGAAGAGAGAGAGAGAGGGAGGGAGAGAAGCAGAGUGAGAGGGCACACGAACUUCCAACUCUCCCAUGUGGACAGCAGAGGUUUGGAGAUAAGGUGUAUUUUUCCCUCCCUCUGCCCCUCUCUUUCUCCCUCUGAGUGUUUUUCUUUUUCUCUUUUCCCCCCUUCUCAUCCCGGAUAUUUGCGUUUCUAUGAGAGUCUUUCUCGGCGAGAAGAGAAGUUUGGUUGUUUGCCUGGUCGGCUGAGGAGGAGGAGGAGGAGGAGAAGAAGAGUCUGGUUAAAAGUGGGGGGGAAGAUGGUCCACAACGCCGCUUGGAGAAGGAGCUUCCUUUGCGUCCUGGCGCUCUAUCUGGGCUUCGCGUCCCCGCCGUGCAAAGCUCGGAUUUACACGAACCACUGGGCGGUCAGGAUAGCCGGCGGACCCGAGGUGGCCGAUCGGAUAGCGGAACGAUAUGGCUACAGGAACAUGGGACAGAUUGGGGACCUCAAAGACCACUAUCACUUCUUCCACAGUCGGACUAUCAAGAGAUCAACUUUAUCCAGCCGUGGUCGCCAUAGUUUCAUCUCCAUGGAGCCCAAGGUGGAGUGGAUAGAACAGCAGGUGGUGAAGCGGAGGAUCAAGAGGGAUUACAAACCGGUCCCGCCCCUUUCCCUGACAAGCACCGCCCACACCAGCGUGGCCCAAAACAACAUUUUCUACAAUGACGCCAAGUGGAGCAGUAUGUGGUACAUUCACUGCAACGACGACGUCCACAACUGCCAGUCGGACAUGAACAUCAUGGGCGCGUGGAAGAGGGGCUACACGGGCAAAGACGUGGUGGUCACCAUACUAGACGACGGGAUCGAGAGGACCCACCCGGACCUUUCUCAGAACUACGAUCCUCAAGCAAGCUAUGAUGUCAACAGCAAUGAUGUGGACCCCAUGCCGCGAUACGAUGCAACCAAUGAGAACAAACACGGUACGCGUUGUGCAGGUGAAGUCGCUGCGGCCGCAAACAACUCCCACUGCAUUGUGGGAAUCGCCUACAAUGCCAGAAUAGGAGGAGUCCGAAUGCUGGACGGAGAUGUAACGGACAUGGUGGAGGCCAGGUCUCUGAGCCUCAACCCGCAGCACAUCGACAUCUACAGCGCCAGCUGGGGGCCCGACGAUGACGGGAAGACCGUUGAUGGACCGGCGUCUCUGGCCAGGCAGGCCUUUGAGAACGGCAUCCGCAUGGGGAGGAAGGGCCGGGGCUCCAUCUUUGUGUGGGCUUCAGGAAACGGCGGCCGCAGCAGAGACCACUGCUCCUGCGAUGGUUACACCAACUCCAUCUACACCAUCUCCAUUUCCAGCACGGCCGAGAGCGGACGGAAGCCCUGGUACCUGGAGGAGUGCUCGUCCACCCUGACCACCACCUACAGCAGCGGAGAGAACUACGACCGAAAGAUCAUAACAACAGACCUCAGACACCGAUGCACAGACAGUCACACGGGGACAUCGGCCUCGGCUCCCAUGGCAGCUGCCAUCAUUGCUCUGGCCCUGGAAGCAAAUCCUUCUCUUUCAUGGAGAGACGUUCAGCACAUCAUCGUAAAGACCUCGAGAGCCGGGCAUCUGAGCGCUCCUGACUGGAAGACCAAUGCUGCUGGUUACAAUGUCAGCCACCUGUACGGCUUUGGCCUGAUGGAUGCCGAGGCGAUGGUGAAGGAGGCGGAGCAAUGGAAACAGGUCCCUGUCCAGCACGUCUGCGUGGAGACCGCCGACAGACAGAUCAGCAGAACUAUCCGCCCGGAGCACUUGGUGCGCUCCGUGUACAAGGCGACCGGCUGUUCGGACAACCCCAACCUGAAAGUCAUCUACUUGGAGCACGUGGUUGUACGCAUUACAAUCACACACCCGCGUCGUGGGGACCUGUCCAUCAACCUGACCUCGCCGUCUGGGACCAAGUCUCAGCUGCUCGCCAACAGGUUGUUUGAUCACUCCAUGGAGGGCUUUAAGAACUGGGAAUUUAUGACCACCCACUGCUGGGGAGAGAAGGCGGCAGGCGACUGGAUCCUGGAGAUCUACGACUCGCCCUCUCAACUGCGCAGCCAGAAAGUUCCUGGGAAGCUGAAGGAGUGGUCUCUGGUGCUGUAUGGCACCUCUGUCCACCCGUACUCGACUCAGCAAAAGGUUCGCUUCACAGAUGCACUGCAGCCUGUUGAAGAGGAGGAGUACAACGGUCCCUGUGAUGCUGAAUGCAAUGAGAAUGGCUGCGAGGGUCCUGGACCACACCACUGUAUAAAUUGCCUUCACUACUUCCUCAAAUUCAAGAACAACACCAGGAUGUGCGUCUCCGAGUGCCCCAGUGGCUUCUUCCGUGACGACAGGAAGCGCUGCAAGAAAUGCUCCUCAGUGUGCGAGACCUGUGUCGGCAGUCGGAGCGACCAGUGCAUCACGUGCAGGCCGGGUCACCACCUCAUCGAGGGCUCCAACACGUGCGCUGCCAACUGCGCCGACGGCUUCUACCUUGAUAGUGAUUCCAACAUUUGCAGAAGAUGUCAGGAGAACUGCAAGAGGUGUACUACCUCCAACAUCUGCACCGAGUGUAAACCUGGGAUGAGCCUCCAAGGACAUAAAUGCCAGAUGACCUGUAACCCGGGAACCUAUUUCAACGGUCACAGGAGGACGUGCGAGCCUUGUCACAGAGCCUGUGCCACCUGCGCAGGCACUGGUAUAGAGGCUUGUAUCAAGUGUGCAGAAGGCUACUUACUGGAGGACUGGCGGUGCGUGUCAACAUGCAGCCCUGGCUACUACCUGUCAGAGCAGAGAUCGGACGUCGGGGAGGUGCAGAGGUCCUGUAAGAAAUGUGACAAUAGCUGCUUCCAGUGUCUGGGACCCGGGGAACUAAACUGCAGCAGCUGCAACAGUGGCUACAACCUGGAGGCGGGGACCUGCAUGGUUAGCACCGUCUGCAAAGAUGGGGAAUACAUGAGUAAAAAGGGAAAGUGCCAUUUCUGUGAUGCAAGCUGUCUGCAGUGCACGGGUCCGGAGACUGAGGCCUGCACCGCCUGCCCAGACACAAGGUUGUUUGAGGACGGACGCUGUGUUAUCCACUGCCAGGCGGGGCGUUAUGCCGUAGGGAAGCAGUGUCUUCCCUGUCAUCACACCUGCAAGGAGUGCACUGAUGAGGGUCCCGACAACUGCACCAGCUGUGGCACAGACAGGUUUGAUGUGCCCAGGUACCUGUUUGAGAGCCAGUGUCGGGAAGCCUGUCCUGAGGGCUUCUUCCACUCUGCAGGGAUGCGUUGUGAGCAGUGUCCUGCAGAAUGCAUCAGUUGUGUUGCUGCAGAACGCUGCGUCCAGUGCAGCCCGGGAUAUAAGCUGAAAAAUAGCCUCUGUGUCCAACUGGAGUGCAGCACAGGUAAGGUUUCCAAUCAAGAGGACGGCUGUCUCCCCUGUGAUGAGGGCUGCAAGAAAUGCAAGCUCGAUGAUUCAGGAGAUCAGACACAGAAAACUGUUUGCAUGGAAUGUGAAGAUGGCUACUACCAGUUUGGCAACGACUGCCAUCAGUCCUGCCCAGAUCAGACCUUUGAUGUGAAGGAGACUAUGACGUGUUCUCCAUGUGAAGACAAACACUGCAAAGUCUGUGACCAGUCCCAGUGCUACUGGUGCGACGAUGGAUUCUUUGUCUCUGAUGGAGAGUGUGUGGAUCAUUGCCAUGAAGGAUACUUUGUGGAUAAGGGGAAUCUGGAAUGUGAGCCUUGUCAUCGGGACUGUCGUUCCUGUGGAGGGCCCAGAUCUGAUGACUGUGACUCCUGUGAAGACGACUUCACACUGAAAGAUGGGGAGUGUCUCAGUGGGAAGCAGCUUGCUGUGUGUCCUGAGACGCAGUUCAGAAACAGUCAGGACAAAUGUGAACCCUGCCACUCCUCCUGUAAGAGCUGCUUUGGUGCAGGGAAGGAAAACUGCAGCAGCUGCAACCCUGGACGUUUUUUGACUUUAAAUCACACUUGCGUGUCUCGUUGUCCAUCUGGUACGUUUGGUAACAAGACAUCGGGACAGUGCGAUCCCUGCCGUAGCGGGUGUGUUAUGUGCAAAGAAGCCCAAGCCUGCCAGCGGUGUCGUACAGGACUUCAUCUGCAAAAUGGAGCCUGCGUGGUGGAGUGUCAGAGAGGUUUUCCACAGGGAGAUGAAUGCCACCCGUGUGCCCCAGAGUGUGGAUCUUGCAAAGAACGUCCUUCUAACUGUUUGAGCUGUGAGAGACCCUUUCUACUGCUGGACAAUUCCUGCAUGUCCUCCUGCCCAAAGGGCUACUAUGACAACAACACAGAGUGCCGCCGCUGCCCGGAUCACUGCAGCGAGUGCAGUCAGGAUGGCCUCUGCAAGAAAUGUGCAAAUUAUUACUUCCUACACAAGGCUGAGUGUGUGGACGACUGUCCCAAAGGUUACUUUGCCAGCGAGCCUCAGCAGGAGUGCAUGCAGUGUCACGCUGACUGCGCCUCGUGUGACGGACCGGGCGAGGACGACUGCGAUGUGUGUCGCAACCCCAAGGCUGUCCGAUACAACGGAGAGUGCCUGGCCAGGUGUCCAAACAGCACCUACUAUGAUGAGAAGACAAAUGAAUGCAGAGCUUGUGACAAGUCAUGCCUGACCUGCUCAGGCCACGAACCCACCGACUGCCUCAGCUGUGGCACCAACAGACGCCUGGAUGACACCGGACACUGCGUGUGGCACAGCGAGUGCUCCAUGGACUCCUACGUGGGCCCGGACGGCGACUGCCAGCGGUGCCACACGCGGUGCCUCCGCUGUGACGGUCCAGGCGAAGACCGCUGCCUCAGCUGCAAAGAGCCACGCUUCCUACUCAACGCCACCUGUGUGAAGAAGUGCCCCGCGGGUUACUACGAGGACAAAGCCGGGCGUGGGUGCGAGCGCUGCCACUUCAGCUGUGAGUCCUGCGAUGGCCAUCACAGUCAACAGUGCACCGCCUGCAAACCGGGGUUUUUUAAACAGGCAGGCAGCUGCGUCGAAACGUGCUCAGAGAGCCAUUUUGGCAACAAGACCACCUUGCUUUGUGAGCGAUGUGACCCCUCCUGCAGCCAGUGUGUGGGCGGUGGCAACAGAAACUGCCUGAGCUGCAGGGAGGACUACGUGUUCAUGGGGCAGUGGGGACAGUGUCUGAAGAGCUGCCCUCCAGGAUACUACAAAGACUUCUGGUCCACGGACUGCCACAAGUGUCACCCCACCUGCAAGACAUGCAAAGAUGGGGGCGCUCUGGACUGUCAGUCCUGUUACGAUGGUUUCACCUUUGAGGGUGGCUUCUGUGACAAUCCCUGUUUCAUAGGCUUCUACCCAGCCUCUAAGGAUUCAAAGCGUGAUGACCCAAACUGCAGGACCUGUCACCCAUCCUGUGAGGGCUGCUGGGGCCCCAGCAUGAUGCAGUGCACCAUGUGCCCCGCAAGCAAGAUCCUGUCUGAUGAUGGCCGCUGCUUGAGCUGCUGUGGAAAAAAGAUGUCACAUGAGGAUAAACCUAUAACCAGAGAGUGCUGUGACUGCAAGGCAUCACUGAUGCAGUGCGUCCUCGGUGUCAACUUUGUCAUGAGGUCAGCUGAGGAUUCAGAGAGCAGUGCCAGGCUCACUGUCACAAUCUGCGUCAUGGUCAUCCUUUUUGUGGGCGGAGGGAUCUUCCUUUUCCUCACUGCCCGCUCUAAGUGGCUCACCACCAAGCCUAAAUCCAAAGCUGGGGGGUAUCAGAAAGUGGACACGAACGAUAAUUGCCCACCACAGCCUACCCACUCCUCGUUUGGGAACUACAGCGACAGAAUCACAGGGUGUGAGAACAACGAUGAAGAGUAUGAUGACGAAGACAUCGUGUACAUGACUAAAGACGGAACGGUGUAUCGGAAAUUUAAGUACGGCCUUUUGGAUGAUGAUGAUGUUGAGCUGGAAUAUGACGAUGAGAGCUACUCAUUUAGAUGAAGCAGAAACAUUAAAACCUAACUGUGCAAAAAAUGUUAUUAACAUAUAUUUGCUACCACUCUACAGUAAGACACCCUUAAUAAAUAAUAGGUUAAGAAGUAAUAAAACAUUUAUUAAAGAAGCUAUAAACACUUUAUAAACUACCUAUAAAUAAUUUACUGUUUAGGGUGACAGAGACGUAAUAAUACUUAUUUUAAAAUGUAUGAGAAGUAUCCCUUAUAACAGCUCAUCAAGUACUUAAAAAGCCUUGACAGCCUGACUGUCCUAUUUUAAAGUGCUACAUAUUGUUCAGUUUUAAUGUUAUUGAAUAUGUUUCUUUGAAAAGUGCUUAAAACACUACAUCAAUGUUAAAAAGCCUCAUGAUUUUUGUCUGAUCUUCUUGAAAAUGGCCUGCAGUAAGACUGUUUGCAUGUUUUAUGGUUGAAAUAGGGUAAUAUCUUUUUAUUUAUUGGAAAAUUAUGACUAAAACUGUCAUUUUUGUUCAACAUGUUUCCUGUCACACUUUUCCUGUAAAUUUCGGGCCUGGGACUGAAAUAUUCAAGUAGUGAAAUGUUUGUGUGACAGCACAUUACCUGGUGUGGUGUUCCUCGGCAGUUUCUAAGUCACAUUUGAGUAGCGCUCUGUGGUUAGACUUGUUAGCUGGGAUUACAAUUGACUCUGUGUUAACAGAAAUUUGUAGUAAACAACAACAAACACUAUUAAAAUAUGUUUAUUUCA